GAUCAAUAGUUGUUUCAAUAUCCCUGCCGACACAGGACAGAACCAGGAAUGAGUGUCGUCGCCACGAAAUAACAACUAGUCGCUUUUAUGUUUCACAAUUGUGACAGCAGAAUGCGUGCCGCCAAACGCCAUAAACGUUGCCAACUGCUACCGACAAGUAAUGUUGGUAUUGGGUGUUCAAUCGAAGUGUAUAAGAAACUAUAAAAUUUAAUAAAAUCUAAGGGCUUUAUAAAAUGACUUCAUCGUUAAUGUAUUUUCAUACUCCAAAUAUUCGUUUUCUUCCUUUAUUACUGACAAAGUGCAAUUUUGCAACUAAAAUAGAAGCAGCGGGUGGCAUUGCAUCUCUUGGCAAGAAAAAGGGAAAGCUAACAAAAUUAGGUCCAAUGAUGGAAAAGAAAGUUAUUCCUGUCGAAACAGACCCACAUAAACUUGUUAAUUACGUGUGUGGCACUAAUCUUCUUAAGGAAAGUGAAAACAUAAAACUUAUGCCUGAUGAUCAGUAUCCUGAUUGGCUCUGGACAUUACGAACAGGGAAGGCCCCUACACUAGAUGAGCUGGAUCCAAACACAAAAGAGUAUUGGAGGAAGGUCAGAACAUUGGGCAUGAGAAGAAAUAACAAGUUAUCAAAACUGAGGAAGUUCUAGGAACAUCCAAAAAAAGAAAUCUGUGUGGCCAAGGACAAUUGGAUUGUAAAUGUUGGCAUGAGUGUUAUGUUUCCAAAAUCAAUGUUUUCAGACCACCAAAGACACAAAUCAUCAAAAUAAAUUAAAUGAGAUAAGAGAUUUUCGUGGCACUGAUCUGGCUCUUAACGCCAAGUAGACUCGUAGACAGACGCUGGAGUUUCAAAGGAACAUGCUACCUUGAAGGUGGAGAGAGAAUAUUCCUUCAAAACCUUUGUAUCCGCCUGCAUGUCCACAUAGCAUGACAACCGAAAAGAUCACGAAAAAAAGUAAGUCAUGUUUUAAUGGCUGGAAGCAUUGAUAAGUUAACAUUUACUAGUAUCCAUGAUGUAUAGUGCACUUUUUACAAACUUUAUAAAGAACUAAUAAUCAGAAUAAAUGAUGUAUUAUACUGUCA